AGCCACUACAAUCAACAUCCAGUGGAUGUUUGAGUGUGAAGUCCGAGCAGUCCAUCGAAACUCCUCUUGUUUUCAAUCACAAACAAUCGAAGCCAUGGUCAACGUCCAGUGGAUGUUUGAGUGUGAAGUCCGAGCAGUCCAUCGAACCUCCUCUUGUUUUCAAUCACAAACAAUUGAAGCCACUACAAUCAACAUCCAGUGGAUGUUUGAGUGUGAAGUCCGAGCAGUCCAUCGAACCUCCUCUUGUUUUCAAUCACAAACAAUCGAAGCCAUGGUCAACGUCCAGUGGAUGUUUGAGUGUGAAGUCCGAGCAGUCCAUCGAACCUCCUCUUGUUUUCAAUCACAAACAGUUGACACCACAAUGCCCUCCAUCUGCUGUGUAUCCAGUGCUAAGUACUGAUCACAGAGUCCCUGUUGACCUCAUGCAGAGCAGGAUGAAGCUCAAAGCAACAGACACGCCCAGUGCUUCAAAAGACGCUCUUGACAAACAGGCAAAAGUAACCGGUCCCAGAUCCAGUUUGGAGUCUCAGAGAACUAUUCAGGGCAUGGAUUUGCGUCCACGUCCUAAUGUCAGUCGGUACUAUCCAGAGACAACAGAAUCCACAUUCUCAUCGGACCCGUCUGAUAAUUCAUCGACUAUGACUUCUGGAUCAAGGGAUUCCCAGUAUGACGAGCAGACAGUUUUAUGUGAUGACAUAGACGAGGAGGUCAUCUGCGACAUUUGCCGCCAGCGUGUGGCUGUGAAGACCUGCUUGACCUGUAACACUUCCUAUUGUGAGUAUCAUGCCCGGCAUCACUACACAGUGGACACCCUGCAGAGACACACACUGAAAGAUGUGUGUGCUGAGGUCGAGGGGAAACGCUGUCUGCACUACGAAAAGUCUCUAGAUUUCUUCUGCAGGACCGAUCAGAUGCAGAUCUGCAGCAUUUGUACAAAGAGAAAUCACAGAGGACAUGACAUCAUCUCGCAAAGGGCACAGCGUGCUGCAAGCCAGAUGCUUGGUGGUGAAGAUUGCCAGGAACCUGAUCAACCUGUUAAAGUGGUGCCCCCUCCUGGUAAGAUCGAGUUCCAGUCAGUGAAGCCAAACUCCCUGAUCCUGAGCUGGGGUUGCCCAGAAGGACUGGACGGGCCUAAGAGCUUCCAAGUGAGGUGGAGCUCCUUGAUGAAGGUGGAAGGUUGCUUACCCAUCAAAGAUUCUCUUAAAAUUGAAAUAAACAACCUUCAGCUUGGACAAAAGUAUUUCUUCAGUGUGGCCACUGAAGAUGAAGAUGGCAAUUUUAGUGAAUGUAUCACGGCAUCUGUUUUCACAGCGGUGCCCCCCCCUCGACAUUUAACAAAAGGACAUUCAGAGGCCACGGCUCUGUCCUUGAAAUGGACCAAAGCAGACAACAUGGAGGGAAUUCCACAUCAGUUCCUUAUCACUGUCACAAGUCCAGGGAAAGAGUCGUCAGUGAUCCACACCGAGGACUGCUACAAGAUGUUCUCAGAUUUAGAGCCGGACACAAAGUAUAGUAUAUCUGUCUCAACUGUGCUGAACGGUCAGAGCAGUCAGCCAGCCUCCAUCACCAUACACACAGAGCCAUGUCUCAGGGAGGUUCUGUCAAAGAUGGGACUUGAAGACCAGUACGACAACAAGCUCACACUUAGCACUGUCCUAGAGAUCAGUCAGAAUGAUACAUCAGAGAACAAACUUGAAACUGCAAAGUCACUUCCUGGGGCUUUUUUGAGGAGACUUAUGAUGUUGAACGCAAAUGCUAGAAGUGUCAAAUGUGUGUCCUGCGAUGUGGACACAGACAAGAGCAAUGCCAUCAACCCCCUGGACCUGAUAACUGCAUUGCUCCUCUGUUCGGACAGCUUUCUUCAGCAGGAUAUAGUUCUGAAAAUGGCGCUCUGCCAGUUUGCCGUCCCUCUCUUGCUGCCCAACAGUGAAACAAGAGAAAUCACAAUGAUGCUGUGGUCCAUGCGCGAAAUUGUGCGAACCUUCAGACCGUCCAUGCAGGCAUUCAGAAAGUUAAACUGUGAGGAAAGAAUUGUGCACUCUGAUAUUCCUCUGGUGUCGUUCGUCAGGCUGGGGAGGACAAGCCUCUCCAAGUCUCUGAUCUUAAACAAACUGCUAAGUAACACUACGCAGUACCACAACAGCACAUUUUAUAAUCGUGACAUGGUGUGUGGUGAAGUCCCCAGGAGGAUUUCAGGCGGGCUAGUUGAAAUCAGCUGGUAUCUCCCGUGUGGGAACAGGAGCGUUGACAAAUUCAUCGAGCCACUGGCUGUCGCAAACCUCAGAGGAGACAUCAGGGCUUUUGAUGAGCAGUUUUCAUUCCUCUGUGAGACAUCCGCAGCUGUUUACAUCUUCUGUGAUGAAUCAGAAAUGGAUUACUUCAAGCGUCUGGAAGGAAAAGAUGUGAAAGCAAAUGUCUUUUUGAUCAGCAGUGUACUGGGGAAAUCCUUUACACUCAAAAGGAUGAUAAAGGAGCCACGAUUGAAGAUAACUAAUGUUAGCCAGAAGAAAAAGACCGAUAUGGAGCUGAUAAAAGCCCUCCAGGAAUCAAUCUCCAAGAUGCUAGAAAACUACCAAAACAUAGUGUCGGUCGCAAAUCAGGCCGACAGAGCUCGCUGGUGUGGGAUCCUGGUUGAUGAGGACAGCGAUGAAUGCCAGAGCGCAUGGAAAGAUGUGGACAAAAUCACCAAAUGCAUCACUGACACAUCUGAAUUCAAAGACAAACAACUGCCUCUCCGGGGACACAUCUGGAAAGCGCUUUCGUGGCUGGAAACAGAGUGCUGGAGAUUGCGGAAAGCUGGCAACCAGAACACUGAUGUCUACCGCAAAUCUUUGCAAGCAAAAGAAAAAGAGCUGAAAAAGAAGCAGCAAAGAUUUGAGAUUACAACUGCAAUGUUAAACUUCCUUCAUGGGGUAGUCACCUCAGAAGUGCAGCGCUACUAUUUUCUCAAAUGGCUGGAAAUGGAACUGGACGACCUGUCCCGGCAGCGGGUGUCAUCUCUGCAGGAUCGAUACAAAGAGCUACUCCAGAAAUCUCCCCACGAUGCUGAAAAAAUUGCAGAGAUUGACAAGCAAAUUUCUGUUUGUUCUUUACGUCUGGAGCACUUUUUUGGAGAGUGUGGGCGGCUGUAUGAGUGCACGAGUUACAUGCCAGAGUACAGCCGUCAGAGAAAAACCAGAGAACAACUCCCUUCACUGUAUGCUCAGCUGCUGCUGGAUGGUUUCCCUCUUGAGCUUGUUGAUGGAGAUGCAGCAAACAUCCAGAUGAAAUGGAUCACUGACGUGCUCACUGAGCUUCACUACAGUAUGCAAUCCAACAGCAAACUCAAGGUCGUUACAAUCAUCGGAGCUGAAAACUCAGGAAAAUCGACUCUGCUCAACACCAUGUUUGGAGUCAGGUUCGCUGUCAGCAAAGUAAUAUGCACCAGGGGGGCGUUCAUCCAGCUGAUCAAUGUCAACAAAGACAUGAGGAAGGAAAUGGGUUGUGACUGCAUCAUGGUCAUCGACACCGAGGGGCUGAAACCGGAUCAGAUGGUUCAAGACGAUCACAGCCAUGAACGUGACAAGGAAGUAGCGAGCCUCUGUGUGGCGCUCAGUGACGUCACAAUCGUCACCGUUUCCAGAGACAACUCCAGAGAGAAAGACAUCUUAGAGUUGGUGCUUCAUGCUUUCACAAGGUUGAAGGAUGCGAGCAAGAAGGCGCUGUGUCAUUUUGUACAUGCUAACAUGUCUGACAUGCCUGUUGUAGAGAGGAGGAGGAGAGAUAAAGAGUUGAUGGAGCAGCUCAGUGAACUGAUCAGGAAGGACGCUGGGAUGAAGAAGGCCGACAUCACGAAGGUCUCGGAUGUGAUGGAGUUUGACCCGGACACUUGCAGCUGGUACAUUCCUCCACUUUGGCAUGGGACUCCACCCAUGGCUCAUUUUAGUGUUGACUACAGUGAGACUGCGCACGCUUUGAAAAAGCGACUGAUAGGCGACCUCGCAAAGUGCAAGGAAAGAGGCGAUCUGACGCAUUUUGUCAGAAAGGUAGAAAACUUCUGGAAGGCUGUGUGAGGAAUCUGAUGUGAACUGAUGUGAACUCUGGCAAAGGGAAUCAGAAUAAUUUCAUAGAAGCAGGUUUCAACGAAGUGGAAACAAGGUGAUGUGAAACAAAUGAAAUGAACAAAGGAAUCUUAUUCACCUUUUAUUUAAUUUAAAAUGCACCUGCAGAACACUGUACAAAUAAAACAUUAAAUGUAUAUAUGUUUGCAUAAAAUAAACAUGCACUUCGAUACAGUCUGUCAAUUAAUUUCCACCUGAAUAGGGAAACAGAGGUAUGACAUAAACUGUAUGUACAGCAGUGUAGCAGACACCAGAAAUCAUCCUCUUAGUGUCAUCAAAUCUGUGCCAAAAAAUAUCAGUGAGAAUUUGGUUGAAUAAUUAUAAAAUAAUAAAUAAUAAUUGUGGUUGAAUUAUAUCAGAAUUGCACAGGAUAUCUUUCUGAAUUCUGAAUUUAUCUAUUAGUUUGCACAAUAAAGAUAUAAAUAUAUAAUCUCAUGUAUUUGCUCUAUUAUUAGCAAAGCACUCACUUUUGCUAUCUAUACUACAGUAAUAUUACACAGUCACAGUCAUAACAGUUUUUCAGACGCCGUAUUAAUGAAACUGAUAAUAAAUCCUCAUAUUUACAUUUACUUCAGAUUCAAGUCAGGUAGUGUAGGAAACUGCAUAUUUAAAGGGUCAGUUCACCCAAAUUACAAAAAAAAAUUAAAGAAUAAAAUCUAGCCACACAGAUUAUUUGGGUUUUAUUUGACCAGGAUUUUAAACAUAUAUUUUUAUGCUAUGACCACAACAAACCAAAUGCCACCUAACUCCAGAGCUUGAGGCAGAAUUCUCGGACACGGCAACUAAAGCCCAAGCUAGGGUUUGGUUAAGGGCUAACAAGGAGUAACUGUUGGUAUGUGAGAAAAUGUGUUUUUCUUUCUAAUUUGUAUGAACUGACACAAACACACACACACACACACACAUACAUAUAUAUAUAUAUAUA